CGUCUGUGUCUAAUAUCUAUUAAUCUGUGGCGUACUUCAUUUUCACGUGGUUAGAAAAAGAAAUUUCAAAAAAUUCAAAUUGGAUUCGAUUGAAUAGCGGCAUGAAACUUAUGAUUUUGUUUUGUAAUGGUCCUGGUGUACUAAUAAAUAAUGCAUAGGCUUCUGUCUGCAAAGAACUUGUGCCAAAAUAAUUUCCACGGUGCUACAUUACCAUCGACUAGUCCAUUUAAAAAUAUAUCGCUCACACAAAUAAAAUGUUCAUUUUGUCGGAAAAUCCUUUUAACUUCGCACUGUACAGAAAACUUAUUCCUCGCUCGCCACCAGUCUACGAGAACGGCUAAUGCCAUUAGAUCUCUAAAGAAAAAACCCAAACACAAAAGUUACAAAAAGUAUGGCGAACUAUUGCAAGUGAACGAAAGUAGUAUGACAGAAAUGAAGAUAUCUAUAAGCAAGUUAAAUGCAUCUCAUCUGUCCAAACUUACCUCUAGUCCAGUCUCGCUCGGCCAACUACAUCAGCUUACAACAAAUUCACCAAAAAACAUAGAAGUUGACAAAGAGCUUCUACAGUCAAUACGAGAAAAAAUAUUAAACAAACCCAAGUCAGAUAUUAAAUUGGAAGAUGAUAAAUGUGCACUAAUAUUUACGAAUCACAAAAUCACAACCUUAGAGGAGAGGCUGAAAACUAAACAGUAUAUUGAAAUGGUAAAAGAAAGCUAUUAUAACUUUCGUAAAGCCACUAUUUACGACCAGAGGUUACAAGACCUAAGAUAUGCCAUUAAUGAAGGCUUAAAUCAGAAUUUUGAGCCCAAUAAGCCUCCGAUGACGAAUUCUGACACAAAAUCAAUACCAAAGAGUCCACAUGCAGUAUUUAGAGAGUUGUUUAUAGAAAACCAGUUAGAUAGCUAUGAUCAAGAGCUCAUGAGUCAAAUCACUAACUUGCAAAUGCAAGGUUUAUCUCACCCUGCCAUAGAUGAAAUUUGUGAUGAUUCAGCACACACAGAAAUAGGGGAUGUGAAAGAGGAUCCAAUUAUUCAAAAUGAAAUUGCAAAUAUCAAGACUUUGAACGUAAAGAAAACACAACAAGCAAUAAAACAGAAAAAGAAGAAGUUGCGUGAGAAACGGCGCGCUGCCAAAGAGGCGUACAUGAAAGAGAACAUGCGAGAGAUGGAACGGCGCGGCAAAGAGGACUCGCUGCAGAAGUUGCUCAUGUCUCAUUUGCAGCUCUUGUGCUCUCUGGACAUGAUGACGGAGGGUCAGCAAGUAUUACAGUACUACAGACAGAGAAGUGCCCGAGCACCGGAACAUCCCAAAGUUUCCAGUGUCAAAGUUUAUAAUACACUUUUACAUGGAUUUGCUUCUAUGGGUCAACUAGAGAAUGUCAAAGAGUUACUGUCGUUUAUGGCGGAAGACCAUGUGGAGCCCAAUGCACAGACAUUCGCAGCAAUAUUGGAAUGUGUUGAAAGAAGUAACUUGAUUGACAAGAAUUCUAUAUUACAUUAUUACUACAGACAAAUGCAGGAAAAGGGUUUAACACUAAAUGACUUACUAGACAAAACAAAAUUCCUCCGAAACCAACGCGACAUGGUUUUAAAGGCUGUGCGUCGAUUGGACCCACAUUAUGAGCCCAAUUAUACCCCACCUGUAUUGGACUAUGAUUGUCCCUUACUGGAUAAGAUAAGACUGGAUAAUGUUGACAAUAGGAAGGGUUUGAUGACGUCACCGGCGCAUGGUCUACUGACGUUAGAGGAUUUGAGGGCGAAAGGCAAAGAGCAGUUGGCAAUGGAGAUAACUGGAGAGAUUGAAGUGCAGAAUAUUGCUGUGAAAGAUAAACCGACGAAGAAUGUGGAACUAUAUAGAGAGAAAUACGACGAGCUAGAGAAGGAGUGGCGCACAGUGGUCCACGAGGCGUUCGUGCGCAAUAUGAGCACGCUCAAGUCUCGCAGCAACGCCUCGCACAACGCCAUCACGCUCUAUCCCUACUUGAAGGUUCUAGAGGUUGAUCAGUUUGUGGAGUUGAUAAUGAGUGAGAUCAGUAAACUGGUUGACGGCAGUGAAUCGUACAGUCCCACACUGAAACUGUUGCAGAGGGAUUUAGGAUCACAAGUUUAUAAUAAAUAUCAAAUAGAGCAGUACAGACGUAACGGCGUAUUAGAGAAAAUCGAAGAAAUUUACGAGAAAUACUGCAAGUGGUAUAUAGAAAGGCAUUCACUGGACAAUACCAACAGACCAUACAACGGGAGGCAAGCAUGGCAGUUACUAGUGCACCAGCAUAGAGAAGGGGCGAGUUUGAACGUAGAAGAGGCGCCGUGGCCAGUGGAAAUUAGACAAAACAUUGGGAAGUUCUUGUACAACAUAAUUAUAAAUGAUGUGAAGAUUGAUGUCAACAUGUUCAAACCUAAGGCGAAAGUGAAGAAGCUUCCAGCUGUAUACAAAGUGCACCGCCCCUGGGGCAGACUGGUGCGGCUGGAGCUCAAGCCGCACCCGGCGCUCAGUCGCUUGUGGGCGGUGGCCGCGCGCCCACAACUUAAGAUGCGCGCCGCCCUAGCGCCCACGAGAGCGCCGCCCGCGCCCUGGCUCGCGCCCACGGCCAAUGGCGCUUAUUUGCUCACCGCGACACCAUUAGUACGAAUGCCGUAUUUUGUGAUGGCUCAAACCAAGCGUCUGGAGGAGGCGCCUCCAGCGACUCUCUACCCAGUGCUGGACAGUCUCAACCAGCUCGGAGAAGUUCCUUGGGUCAUCAACCAGCCGGUUCUGGAUUUGCAGCUUCAAAUAUUCAGGUCAGGUGGUGACAAAAAGUUGGACAUUCCACCGCCGUCGUCGUCAUUGGACUCGUCGCAGUGGGCGAGCGACGGCGACCACAGCCCGGCGAGUGCGCUGCGCCGCCGCGUGGCCAUGAACCGCGCGCGGGCAGAGAUGCACUCUCUGUGGUGCGACGCGCUUUAUAAGCUGUCACUGGCCAACCAUUACAGAGACAGUAUAUUCUGGCUGCCGCACAACAUGGACUUCCGCGGGCGCGUGUACGCGGUGGGCCCGCACGUGUCGGUGCUGGGCGCGGACGCGGCGCGCGCGCUGCUGCAGCUGGCGAGCCGCCGUCCGCUGGGCGCGCGCGGGCUCGGCUGGCUCAAGCUGCACGCCGUCAACCUCACCGGCACCAAGAAGCGCAGCACUGUUGCUGAGAGACUCGCAUACGCAGAGAAAAUCAUAGACAAGAUCCUGGACUCGGCAGACAACCCGUUGAGCGGGCAGGGCUGGUGGAAGAAGUCUGAGGAGCCGUGGCAGACGCUCGCCUGCUGCAUGGAGAUCGCUAACGCCAUGCGAUCACCCAAUCCUGAAGAGUACAUGUGCGGUUUCCCCGUGCACCAGGACGGCUCGUGCAACGGUCUGCAGCACUACGCCGCGCUGGGCGGCGACGCGGUCGGCGCCGCUGCGGUCAACCUCGCGCCGCGCGACAAACCGCAGGACGUCUACAGCGAAGUCGCUGCUUUGGUGGAGAGCAUGAGAGUGCGGGACGCGGAGGCGGGGAUUCCCGCUGCUGUUGUGCUGGAGGGGUUCGUGCGGCGCAAGGUCAUCAAGCAGACCGUCAUGACCACCGUGUAUGGGGUCACCAAGUUUGGGGCACGGCUGCAGAUUGCCAAGCAACUUAAAGAUAUCGAGGAGUUCCCCAAGGAGCAAGUGUGGGCGUGCUCACAGUACCUCGCCGCGAAGACCUUUGACUCCUUACAAGAGAUGUUCUCCUCCACCAAGCUCAUCCAGGACUGGUUCACCGACUGCGCCAAAGUAAUAUCCGGAGUGUGUGGCGAGAGUGUAGAGUGGAUGACUCCGCUGGGGCUGCCGGUGCUGCAGCCCUACUACCGCCGCGGAGCGCCCCCCGGCAGCGCGCAGUACCUGCCCGCCGCGCCCAUCGACCUGCACCAGCGGCCGUGUACAAUCAAGCAGCGCAACGCGUUCCCGCCCAACUUCAUCCACUCGCUGGACUCGUCGCACAUGAUGCUGACGGCGCUGUACUGCGAGGCGCGCGGCGUCUCCUUUGUGUCCGUGCACGAUUGCUUCUGGACGCACCCGGACACCGUCGACCGCAUGAACGAGAUAUGUCGUGAGCAGUUUGUUGCUCUACAUUCGCAACCUAUCUUGGAAAAUCUAUCGGACUUCCUUGUUAAACGAUACAGUUAUCAUGAGAGCGAACUCGAGGACGGCACCGUGGGCGCGGCGAACAAAGAACGAGUGAACUCUUUGCUGAAGAAAGUUCCUCAGAAAGGAGAUUUCGACAUCAACAGUGUACUGGACUCAGUGUACUUCUUCAGUUAGUUCUAGAAUAUGUUCUAUUACAUGUACAAUAAUUAUGACUGGUUAUUGCGUACGAAUUUUAUAUGAUAUUAUCGUUUAUUGGUUAUAUGGAAUAUAAUGCCACAAUAUAGGGCGUAAAUGCAUGUAUUUUUUUUGUGUUUUAAAGUAAAAUUCUUACCCACGCUUGACUUGGAGAGUAAGCUAGUUAGUUACGAAAAGAGUAAUCGAAAUGACAGUUCAGUUUUAAAAGCGCCAUCUGUAGUAUAUCUGCUGAACUACGACGCAACAAGCAAGCCCAGUGCCGAACCCGUUUAGUCUUUUAAUAUGGUACAAUUGUGAACUAUCUAGGCAGGUCAUCUCCUCCCUGAUCAAAAUCCUGGUGGAUCCUCGAGACUAUGCCUCCUUGCCCGGGUAAGUCGUGGGUGAUCUUGUUCCCCCGGUCCUGUUCUGAACUAGUAGGAGCUUCUGAAGUAAAGCAAUUCCGACACAAGAGAUGGCGCUGCUAACCAUUACUAAUUUUUAAGUCUCUCUUUCAUGUUUUAUUUUAUUUUUCAAAAGAAGUUAGUCGUGUUAAACGCCUACUCGUUUUUAUUUGAUUUCUGACAACAAAACUAUGAUAAAAGUAAAAUCCCAAAAAUCAAAAAUAAUAAUCUCUUAAAAUAUCUGACAUAUUUAUGCACCGCCAUUUUAGUGCGCUGUGCGAACGUUGACUAUGACGAUAGUCAAAAGGCGCUUUUCGAGCGGAUCCACGAAAGUUUCAGUAUUGAAAUUUCCCUGGGAUUUUACACUUAGUAAUAAAAUUCAUAAUUUAAACUGAGUAAAUUAAUAAUUACCAUGCAUGUUACUUCAAAUACAGGGCUUAUAUUCUCUAGAAAGCUUGUCAAAUUAAAUCGCAUUACUUUUAAUAUAAAUACAAAUCCCUGCGCCGCCUUUAACCAUUUGUCGUAGUGGAGUGGGUCGAAUAAUAAAUCGCAGUAUUUACUUACCGGUGCGGGAUCGCCAUUUUAACAGUGGAGUUCAUAGACGUUGUAAGACACCCCCAGGGGAUCAUUCACGCGCUGAAUGUCAAAUUUUCAAACUAAUAGAGGCUAAAUUCGACACUCAGCAACUGAAUGAUCCCCUGGGGAUGCCCCUACUAUGUCUAUGAAUUCCACUGUAACACUAUGGGAAAAAUCGUUUACUCGAAAAUGCUACACAAUCUUUGACUUGUCGGAGCUUAUACCACAAAAAUUCUGUAAAAUAGUGUGUAAUAAGGUAAUUUACCACACACUACACUACAGAAUUACUAUCGAUGUAUGAGGAAUCGUAUUUUACUAUUUUUAAUAUAAAAUCCGUAAUUUAUCGAUACGAUUGUGACUGCUUCCUUAAUUUUAAACCAGUAUAUUGAUGUCACAAAUAUUACAAUAAUAUGAAUGUCCUAAAGAAUAUUAUACAGGGUGUCCCUGUAUAAUGUGUAAUAUUACGGGACAUCCUGUAUAUAAUAGUAUUUUAUUCUAAGGCAUAAUUAUCUAAGACUGCAUCGCGUUGAUUUUGCAUGUUAAAAUGUUGGCAAAAUGUCAAUGAUGCAGAGACUGAUUGUGUACUCGUGUAUGUUAUCUUAUAUGAUAAAAAUAAGAUUAAUUUUCUUUGACCAAUUUGUAAAGCUUUUGCAAAUAUUGUUCAGUUUAGUACUACCUAGCUAGCAGUAGCAUUGCAUACAAAUGAAAUAAAACCAAAAUACAGUUCAAGUAUUAGUCUGUGAUUACCUAGUGUUACAAUAACAAUAAAUAUAUGAAAUUCAGUA